AUGGACCCCAGCAGACCCGCGGACCACCCGAGCGCGUUCCGCAGGCGCACCGCGUCGCUUAGCGAACUGCACGCGCCGCACGACCACCACGACCAGCCUUCGCUGCCCCCCAUUCGCAGCCUCCACCCUUUCCUCAACCCUCCACCUCCGCAACCCUCGUCGAGCCACCCCCCUCACGGGGGCUCUGGCGAGGGCUCGAGCGCGUACGGCUUCUCUGACGCGCCACACUCCUCCUCAAUGCACGCGCACGGCAUGCCGGCACCCGCGUCACUGUCGCACCAGCGGGACCACGACUACUCCAUGGCGGAUUCUGACGCGGAGGACGACCAACAAGGCCCGCCGAAGAAGAAACGCCGGCGACAAGCACUUAGCUGUACUGAAUGCAAGCGACGCAAGAUCAAGUGCGACAGAGUACAUCCCUGCACGCCGUGCUCCCGGCGAGGCGAGCAGGACCGUUGCCACUGGAACAUCAUUGAGCCCACCGAGAAAUAUGUCAGUCGGCAGGAGCACGACGAGCUGAAGGCCCGGGUGGAGCAUCUCGAGGGCCUCGUCCAGCGCUUGCUGUCCGGAACCACGGCCGCUGCCCCGUAUUAUCAAAUGGGCGUGCCUGGGGCCCCGGACAACCCCUCUGCCUACCCCGGCGGGGGCGGGAUGUACCCCCAACAACCGCAUGCGGGGAUGAUGCCGCCCCCUCCACCCCUCAACCUGCCCUACGACGUGCCACACCCAAGCAGCGGAGAGCGCGACCGCGAGCGGGAGCGCGCGCGCGUCUCGCCGUCAGCUGCGACGCGCAGCCCGCCCGUCGCCACCGCCGCGAAGCACUCGCUCGCGUCAAUCACGAGCCCGUACAACGCCGCGGGCCCCGGCCCCGCAGACCCGGUGCCAAAAAACUGCCACGCGCAGACGCUCAAGCUGGGCGAGCGCCUGCGCCACCUGCCCUGCGCGCUGACGCGCGAAGACCCAGCCUCGGCGGUCACGAGCCUCCUGUCAACGCUUACGGGCCCGGCGAGCAGCGCUUCCGCGUGCCACCGACCGCGGGCCGCUAUGGCGAGCAGCGCGAUGCAGGCGAGCGCGUACUAG